GCCACAGUCGAUUAGUAUAUUCAUAGUCGAGCUGUGGCCAAUUUCAUUAGUUAGCGAUCGUCGGCCAAGGCAUCAAGAUGUCUCCGAACGGCUAUGGGUUACGCGUUUUUCUGUUCUGGGCCGUCACAGCCUUCGCAGCGGCCACCUUUGUGGUUGCUGUGCAGCGCACACAGCUGGAGGCAGAUCUGCGAGAUAUGAGGGAAAAGAUUGAUAUGUACGAGGCGCUAAAUAACUCGAACAUUGGACUCCACAGGGCAAGGCGCGAGACUGAUGGCGAUAUUGACUAUCGCCUGCCCACGACAGUUAAGCCCGCGCACUAUGAGCUCUAUCUGCAUCCAAAUUUGGAAGCGGGCACUUUUAUGGGCCAAGAGAAAAUCCGCAUCAAUGUGCUGGAGGCGACCAACCAAAUCGUUUUGCACUCACAGCAAUUGACGUUCACCAGCGUCUAUGUCUUGGAUCGUGAGGUGGAGAACUAUGAGCUGGAUGAAGGGCGUCAGCUGCUGAUUGUCAAUGUGAAGGAAACCAUAGCAGUGAAUGCCGUCAUCACGCUGGGCCUUGUCUUCGAAGGAAAGAUGCUGGGCAAGCUGACCGGACUUUACAGCAGCAGCUAUUCGACACCCGCGGGCCAAAAUCGUAACAUUGCAACGACUAAAUUCGAGCCGACCUAUGCUCGUCAAGCGUUCCCCUGCUUCGAUGAGCCCGCCUUGAAGGCCACCUAUGCUAUCAGUGUGGUACAUCCCAAUUCCGGCUCCUAUGCGGCGCUCUCCAACAUGAACGAGGAGGAUUCGAUGAAUCUAGGCGAGGAGACAAUGGUCACGUUUGCCACCAGUGUUCCAAUGAGCACCUAUCUCGCCUGCAUCAUUGUCUCAGACUUUGACUCAGAGUCGAGCACGGUUCGGGCCAAUGGCAUUGGCAGCGACUUUACCAUGCGCGUCUUUGCUACGCCCCAUCAGCUGAAUAAGGUGACAUACGCCUUGCAGUUUGGCGUGGCUGUCACCGAAUACUAUAUCAAGUACUUCAAUGUGGAAUACCCGCUGCCCAAGCUGGACAUGGCUGCCAUACCGGACUUUGCCUCCGGUGCCAUGGAGAACUGGGGUCUAAUCACCUACAGAGAGACCGCGUUGCUCUACGACGGGAACUACAGUUCCACAGGGAACAAGCAGUCCAUAGCUGCUGUGCUGGCCCAUGAGAUAACCCAUCAGUGGUUUGGCAAUCUGGUCACCAUGCAGUGGUGGAACGACUUGUGGCUAAACGAGGGCUUCGCUCGCUUUAUGCAGUACAAGGGCGUGGACGCAGUGCAUCCGGAUUGGGGCAUGCUGGAGCAAUUUCAAAUACUAGCUCUUCAGCCCGUGCUCUUGUUCGAUGCCAAACUCUCCUCGCAUCCCAUUGUGCAGAAGGUGGAAUCGCCGGAUGAAAUUACGGCCAUAUUUGAUACGAUCAGCUAUGAGAAGGCGGGCUCGGUGCUGCGCAUGCUGGAGUCUUUGGUGGGCUCCGAGAAGUUCCAGGCUGCGGUAACCAGCUAUUUGACCAAAUUCAAGUACGGGAACACCGUCACGGAUGAUUUCCUCACCGAGGUGGCUGCUCAGGUCAGCGAUUUGGAUGUGAAGCAAUUGAUGCGCACCUGGACAGAGCAGAUGGGAUAUCCCGUACUGAAUGUAGUGCGGACGAGUGAAACUACUUUUAUCAUCACGCAACAGCGCUUCCUCUCCAACAAGGACAGCUACGACGAAGUGGUAGAUCCCGUUGAAUUCGGCUACAAAUGGAGCGUGCCUGUUACCUACAUCCUGCCAAGCUCGGCGGAGGUCAACAGCGUUGUCUUUGGGUACGAUCAAGAUACGUUAGAUAUCGCGGUGCCAUCAAAUGUUGAAUGGAUCAAGCUGAAUGUCCAUCAGAUCGGCUACUAUCGCGUCAACUACGAGUCCAGCAUUUGGUCAGCGCUCAUUCAGCAACUCUUGGAUGAGCCGACGCGUUUCGAUAUUGCGGAUCGGGCUCAUCUGCUGAACGAUGCUUUCGCCCUGGCCGAUGCCAGCCAGCUCUCCUACAGAGUGCCACUGGAGAUGACCGCCUACCUGGCCGGAGAACGUGACUAUGUGCCUUGGUAUGUGGCUAGCUCUAACCUGCUAUCGUUGGAGGCAAAACUUAUGUUCAGCGACAGCUAUGCCAACUAUGUGAGCUAUGCGCGCUCAUUGCUGACGAAUGUCUAUAAGCAGGUUGGCUGGACUGUUGAGUCGGACAACCAUUUGGGCAAUCGGCUGCGUAGUGUUGUGCUAGACGCAGCCUGUGAGUUGGGGUUACCAGAUUGCUUGGACCAGGCAGAGCAACGCUUUACCAAGUGGCUUAGCGAGCCGACUGAAGAAAAUCGUCCUGCACCCGAUCUGCGCCAGGUGGUCUACUACUAUGGCAUGAGGCAGACGAGCAGCGAGGCCAAUUGGGAGGCGCUGCUGGAGCUGUUCAAGGCGGAGUCCGAUGCCAGCGAAAAGUUGAAGUUAAUGUAUGGUCUGUCCGCUGUGCAGGAUGCUCAGCUACUCUAUCGCUUGCUUGACCUGGCCAGUGAUGAGACUAUUGUGCGCUCUCAGGACUAUUUCACAGUUUUGCAAAAUGUCGCCGAUAAUCCUGUGGGUCUGCCCAUUGUUUGGGAUUACUAUCGCGAGAAUUGGCAAAAACUAGUUGCCCGCUUUGGCCUCAAUGAUCGCAAUUUUGGCAAAGUGAUUGCCAGCAUCACGAACAGAUUUGCCACUGAGCUUAAGCUCCAGGAAGUUCAGGCGUUCUAUGCUAAAUAUCCUGAAGCGGGAGCCGGCGCUGCUUCCAGACAGCAGGCGAUCGAGACCAUCAAAAUUAAUAUCAAUUGGCUCAAGGAGAACCAAAAUGAUAUUGCCAGCUGGCUGGACGGUUCGGCUGCCCCCUUGACCUCUAAAAACCCAUUGUAAAAUAGACCAAAAAUUUCCCAUAUCCAAUAAAUUUCGAUUCACUAAAUAUUUCCUCAAUUACUCCAGCAAUUGCAUAAUUUAGAGCCCAUAAAACAAUAAACUCUACUAUAGCCAA